AGCCCUCUCCUCUCCUCUCUCUGAGCCGCAAAGCGCGCUGUGUAGGAGCGGUAGCAGGCAGGCUUUGGAUGACGGAGGAGAGCAGAGGAUGAGCUGCGGGUACAUCCUGUGCACGGUCCUGCUCUCGGUGGCUGUCCUCCUGGCAGUGACGGUCACGGGGGCCAUCCUCUUCAUGAACCACUACCACACGCCCGUCACCGAGUCACCCCCUGUAAUCAGCACCAACCCUGAGGAGGCCAACGCGCUGGUCACCAUUGAGAAAGCCGACAGCUCCCGCAUCAACAUCUUCAUCGACCCCAACUGCCCCGACGCGACGGGCACCUUUGGGCGCCUGGAGGGGCUGCAGACCUCCGUGCUGCGCGCCGUCACCGACCACGACGCCGAGGCCAAGGCCACCAAGAGCCAGCAGAAAGCCCUGCUGGUCACAGUGGCGGACGAGGUGGCCAAGCUGCUGACGCACGCCGUGCAGCUGCGUGCCGACUGCGACGGCCUCAAGAAGGGGCACAGCGCCAUGGGACAGGAGCUCAGCGCCCUGCAGGGUGAGCAGGGCAGGCUCAUCCAGCUGCUCUCGGAGAGCCAGACCAACAUGGCUCGGCUGGUGAGCUCCGUCAGCGACGUCCUGGAAACGCUGCAGAAGGAGCGUGGCGGCGCCCGGCCCCGGCUCAAGGCUGACCUGCAGCGAGCGUCGGCCAGGGGAGCACGGCCCCGGGGCUGCUCCAACGGCUCCCGGCCCCGAGACUGCUUUGACAUCUAUGCGAGCGGACAGCAAGAGGAUGGGAUUUACUCCAUCUUCCCCAUGCACUAUCCCUCCGGCUUCCAGGUCUACUGUGACAUGACGACUGACGGGGGUGGCUGGACGGUGUUUCAGCGGCGGGAGGACGGCUCCGUGAACUUUUUCCGCGGCUGGGAAGCCUAUCGGGAUGGCUUCGGGAAGCUGACAGGAGAGCACUGGUUAGGGCUGAAGCGGAUCCACGUGCUGACGGUGCAGGGCAGCUACGAGCUCCGCAUCGACCUGGAGGACUUCGACAAUGGCACCGCCUUCGCCCACUACGGCAGCUUCGGCGUGGGGCUCUUCUCCGUCGAUCCCGAGGAGGACGGGUACCCCAUCUCCAUCGCCGACUACUCGGGGACGGCAGGCGACUCCUUCCUGAAGCACAACGGGAUGAAGUUCACCACCAAGGACCUGGACAACGACCACUCGGAGAACAACUGCGCGGCUUUCUACCACGGCGCCUGGUGGUACCGCAACUGCCACACCUCCAACCUCAACGGGCAGUACCUCAAGGGCCACCACAGCUCCUACGCCGACGGCAUCGAGUGGUCUUCUUGGACCGGCUGGCAGUACUCCCUCAAGUUCACCGAGAUGAAGAUCCGGCCCAUCCGGGAGGAGAAUUAGCUGGAUGGUGCGAGCCCCCUGCACCCUGUGCCCAGCCCCCUGCCCUUCCCCACCGCCCUGCAGCCCUGUCCCCCUGCCACCAUCCUCCCCAAGGGCUAGCCCAUCUUUAGGGGGCCCCUCGGGAGUGCCUGCCCUCAGGGAGCGCGGCUUUCGCUCCUGGGUGCCCGUGGACAUCACCAGACCUUUGCUCCCGCUGCUGUGGCUCCCCUGCAGCCAAAAUGGUGUCCUGGCCAGAGCGUGACCCGUGGCUGGUGCUCACGGCUACAGCAGAGAGGGCAGCGGGAUGCAGGGAUUUGGGGAGUGGUACCCAGCAGGGUCGGGCAAGGAGGAAAAGGGUCUGCCUGGAGGGAGGGAGGGAUGCAGCAGCCCGGGCAGGCUGGGCACCUCUGCUCAUCUCCGCCACGGGCACAGACACCCGGCAGCGGCCUCGCCAAGCUGGCAAGGGACUGGCAGACACUCGCUGUGGGGAGCCCCAAGCCCCACGCAGCCCCCAGGAGUGGGACAAGGCUGCUGCUCUGCGGUUCCAGCUCACCCCAUGGUGCUACUGGGGAUGGGGAGGGCUCGGCUGGGUCGCAGCCCACGCAGGUGCCUGACCGUGCCAGCAAGUCCUUCUCUAGCCUGUAAACGCUCGCCUCUGCAAGAGCAAUGCAGCCGGAAAGGGACAACUACAAACUCCUUCAUCCCUGUCCCGGCUCCUGGAGCCUCCUGGCAGGUCGGGACACCCCAAGGCAAGCCGGCGUGGUGCUACGAGGAUGCGCACUCAGAACCGAGCGUGGCACGCAGCUGUUUUGGCAGCGCUGGGGAAACGGGAAGCACGGCAAGGAGGAGGAGGCGAGGAAGGCUCGCUUCCCAGCAUGGCUCUGCCAACAUUUUGCAGCUCCUCCCUCCCAACCAGCCCCGCUAAGGCUCACGGUGGACUUUUGCCAUCCAAAAGCUGUGACCUUUCCCGAAACCCUUGACUUUGGACAGCACGCCUGCGUGACCCCAGGCGAGCCCCCUCCGCUCGCUCCCCGCCUGGGAACCGCAUUCAUUUCCACCCAAGAUGAGCCGCGCUCUGGCUCGGCACCUGCAGAUAUUCAAAGCCUUUCAUUUCUUCAAAUCCCAUUAAGGUUUUGCAAAAAGAAGCCCCGAGUGGGGCUUAGCAUCUGCAGGGCCCUGAUAACCGGGUGGCAGGCAGUGCCUCACGCCGGCUGACCCGAGGAGGAGCUGCCACGGGGUGCGGGGCUGACAUCUCCCUCUGGCUCCCUGGAAGGACUCAAAUGGGGGGUUUUGUCCACAAAAAAAAAAAAAAAAAAAAAUUAGAACCAAGCCUGAGUAGGCUGUAUGGGAACAGGGAGGGGAGGGGGACAGCCAGGACCCUGCCACCCUUUACGCGAUUUUCUGCCUGUGCUACAGCAGCAAUGGGGAGCAGAGCCCCCGUCCCUGGCCCCAGGAAACACCGUCGGAUGGACAGACUGCCCAAGGAGGGGAGGAAAGCUCCUGCCGUCCCCGUUUCCAGGGGGGCUUAAGGCAUGGGAAGAUCAAAGGCUCAUCUUCCCGGCUGCGGCAGAUUUGUACUUCCCUGUGUGCUUCUCUUUGUUUUUUUAAAGCCUUCACCACCUCGGAUCCUGCGCUGGACAAGCCCAUUUGCCUGCCAGGGUCCCCAUCUGUCUGUCCUGCUGGGGAAAGGGGGAUGCACUGGGGAUCACCGCAGCUUUCCCCUCUGCCAGAGACGUUCCUUGGAGCCCUCGGGUGAGGAUGAGCCCCGGGUGCAGGCACCAGCUCUGCCUCCUCCAUCCCUGCCCAGAGCAGCCGGCCAGGCUGGCUUUCUCGAGCGAUAGGAUUUGGGGAGCUCAGCGGUGGCGUUUCCCAGCCAGCACAAGCUCAGGAGACCCCAGCAACUCCCGAGGGGCUUCCUGCACCCUGCCAGACCCCUCCGGAAAGGGUCCCACGCAGGCAGGGAGCACGGUACCUGUCUUUACUUUCUGUUCCUUUAUUUCAGUGGAUUAGCUGUAGCUGGGUUUUCUAGCACUCACCUUCCGGACAAGAAGGCACACAGAGCCACGUGCCCCGGGCGGGAAGGCUCGUCCCCUCCCUGGACCCCCCCACCGGUGUUUUCCCCGGGGAGGGAACAUUGUACAUGCAGUUUGUCGGUAGCACACCCUUGUGUAACUGUCACCCAGGACUCCCUAAUGACUUUGUUUUGACUUGCACGAGAGGUAUUUAAUCCACGCCGAGACGCAGGAUUUCCCAGGAUUAUUCCCAAGAGCGCACGCAUCGCUCUGCGGCCCCGGAUUAGCCUAAACCCGUCCGUGGUGACACCUCCCCAGGGAGGGGUGGGCAGGGGCGGCCGGGGGGUCCGGGACCUGGCCACGUACCUUCCCGGCAGAGCCCUGGACCGGGUCGUGGUGUGUAGCAGUGCC